GGGCAGGGCAGGGCGGGGGCUGGCCGGCUGCUGCCCCACGCGGCGCCCGGGCUGGCGGCGCCCCCGGAGCGCUCCCCGCGCACUCCGUGCCCCUCUGUCAUGCUCGCCGGCUGGGAGCGGGCGGCGGGCUCCUGCGCCGGCAGCCGCGCCGCCGAGCCCGCGCCGCCGGCGCUGUCCUCGCCGCCCUCGCCGCCCGCUGCCGACCCCCGUCCUCGCGGGCGGCGCGGCGGGGCGCGGCGGAGCGCGGGCGGUGCUGCCCGCCGCCUGGGGCUGGCUGCCGCCACGGCGAGCGGCGGGUGGCGGCGGGCGGCGAUGGGCACGGCAGCCGUGCACCUCCUGCUGCUGCUGGGGCUGCUGCACGCCGGGCCCGGCGGCGAGGGCAGGAAAGGCUGGAGGCGGCGGGGCCCGGCGGCCCGCGAUCGCGGAGAGGCGGCGGCGGCGGAGAGCUUCCCGCUGGACUUCACCGCCGUGGAGGGCAACAUGGACAGCUUCAUGGCGCAGGUCAAGAGCCUGGCGCAGUCUCUGUACCCCUGCUCGGCCCAGGCGCUGCCGCACGACCUGCGACUGCACCUCCUGCACAACGCCUCGGUCACCUGCAACGACGGCAGCCCGGCCGGCUACUACCUCAAGGAGUCCAAGGGCAGCCGGCGGUGGCUGCUGUUCCUGGAAGGAGGGUGGUACUGCUUCAACAGGGAGAACUGCGACACCCGGUACGACACCAUGCGAAGGCUCAUGAGCUCCCGGGAGUGGCCCGCGACGCGUGUGGGAACUGGGAUCCUGUCAUCACAGCCAGAAGAAAAUCCCCACUGGUGGAACGCAAACAUGGUAUUCAUCCCUUAUUGCUCAAGUGAUGUUUGGAGUGGUGCCUCUUCCAAGUCUGAGAAAAAUGAAUAUGCCUUCAUGGGAGCACUGAUCAUUCAGGAGGUCAUAAAGGAGCUGGUAGGAAAAGGUCUUGGCACUGCAAAAGUGUUGCUGCUAGCAGGGAGCAGUGCUGGAGGGACUGGAGUGCUCCUAAACGUGGAUCGAGUGGCAGAGCAGCUGGAGGAGAUGGGUUAUCAAGGCAUCCAGGUUCGAGGCUUGGCUGACUCCGGAUGGUUCUUGGAUAAUAAACAGUAUCGCAGAACUGACUGUAUUGAUACCAUAACCUGUGCUCCAACAGAAGCCAUCAGAAGAGGAAUAAGGUAUUGGAAUGGUAUUGUUCCUGAACGCUGUAAGCUGCAGUUUAAAGAGGGAGAGGAAUGGAAUUGCUUUUUUGGGUAUAAGAUUUAUCCUACUCUUCGAUGUCCAGUGUUUGUUGUCCAGUGGCUCUUUGAUGAGGCCCAGCUUACUGUAGACAAUGUACACCUCACUGGCCAGCCUGUUCAGGAAGGGCAGUGGCUCUACAUCCAGAAUCUGGGUAGGGAGCUGAGAAACACCUUGAAGGAUGUGACUGCUAGCUUUGCUCCUGCCUGUUUGUCUCAUGAGAUCAUUACACGCAAUCACUGGACAGACAUCCAGGUGAAGGGGACGUCACUACCCCGUGCCCUGCACUGCUGGGAUCGGAGCCUACACGAGAGCAACAAAAACGGGAAGGCCCCUCUGAAAGGCUGCCCAAUUCAUCUGAUUGACAGCUGUCCAUGGCCUCACUGCAACCCCUCGUGCCCCACUAUCAGGGACCAGUUCACAGGGCAGGAGAUGAAUGUCAUCCAGUUCCUCAUGCACAUGGGUUUUGAUGUUCAGAAGAUGGCACAGCAACAGGGCCUGGAGCCCAGUAAACUUCUGGGGAUGCUCAGCAGUGGUAACUAGGAAGGGGUCUUCAGAGGGGCAGAAAGAUUAGAUCAGGAGGAGACUAAGCCCUUCUCCCACACUUUCUAAUCUUCUUCCUUACGCUCAUGCAGGCAGACGCACGCUCACACCCAUGCAUGCUCAAACCUGUACACGCCCACGUGCUCCCACACUCUUGCACACUUAGGAUGUGUCACGAAAACAAACAAACAAACAAACAAAAGACAAUUUCUUGCUUACACUAUUUGACUGGAACUCGUUACCUCCAAACUCCAGGGCUCAGUUUUGGCCAUUCACAUCCUCUUCCUGUGUUACACAAGGCAAUCUGAUACAGGGAGUAGCAAAGCCAUAAAUAGCAUCAAUGAGAACCUUCCCCAGAUCUAAGACUUCUUCUCUUGCCAUGAGUUUUACAUCAUAGACUCGAUUCAAGUGGUGGGAAAAACAAAACAAAACAAAACGAGGCAAGCACUGGAUUUCUUUUGUCCAACUAGAAGUGAAGGAAUGAUUACAUGACUUCCUGGAGGUCAGCAUCUCAUGAUGAGUCAUAAUGUACAAACCCAGGACACGUGCUAGGGAUGGACUCUCUUGUACUCAAUUUACUUUUUGUAUUAUUUUAUUAAAUGACUUUUUAAUUACUUUUUUUUUUUUUAACUAAGCAAGAAAUAUAAAUGAUAUUGUUUUGUAACAUAUUUUUUUUUAAAUAACGAAGAAACCUCUUUGCUACUUUGGCAAUGUGGACAUAUUUAUUUUAAUAUGUAAAAUGCUAUUUAUAAGGGCUGACCGGAGAACCAUACCUAUGUCUUUGUAAAGUUGUAUAUGCUGCUCAUUCAGAUGGGUUAUCCUUAUGAUCACUUGUGCCUGGGAGAGGGCUGAGGGUGGUAUUGACAUUUUUGUAUUAAUUAGACUUCUGUCUUCCCCUUGCAACGUGCUUUGUCGUCGUUUCUCUGAUGAAGAGGUUGUCCUGUGAGGUCUUAAGUACAGAGACUUUCACCCAGCAGCCGAUGUUUGCAUACUUGCACAGCAUUUUCAGCAUGACUGAUUUGCCAGGUGGUCCAGGGCAUUGCAUUGUAAGAUGCAAGGAGAUCUGGUUUUGCAGCAAAGCCUCUAUUCUAGUGAGAGAAAUGUUUGAUCAGACCAUCUGUCCUGUCUUAAAAUGGGGAGCAUUUGGAACAUAAAAGGCAGAGAACAAGACAAGCACCAACAUAUUUCUAUUCUUCUAGUCAUUUGCAAACACACCCACCUCAGAACAUAGAGAAUCCCCUUUGAUGGUAAUGGGAGGAGAAGGAGGGAGGGAUGAGGAAUGUGUGACUGAAACUGGAACUAGGGAGAGGCUGUUCCUUAGAGGGGAAAGCACAGAGGCAGCCCCAGAAAAGCUUUAAUCUGUAGUGUACUGCAGCUGGUGUGGACAGCCUUGCACAAACAGCAUUGUUCACGUCCAUUCCACACAAGUUGUCAAUACCAACGUUGCACUUGCUUGCACUUGUGUCAGGUUACACUAAGUGUAGGCCACAGAAAAUUGGGGCCUCAUUUUAGAAAAAUUCCAUGCACAUUCAAGAUAGGUCUUGUCAGGUUGAAGUGGUAGUGCUGUUUGUAAGAUCCAUUGUCUUGAGUGAGUAAACACAAAAGUGAACAAAACUGCAGCCAUUUGGUUAUCUUUCACGGGCUUCAUCAAACAGUUGGGCAGUAGCACGCAGGAGGUUAGCUGUCCUGCUGUGCAAGAUGGGUUUUAUAGAUGUUUAAAAAGUA